GGAGCGCGGACAGCCGUCCGCGGGAGGCAGCGCGUCCGCGGGAAGGCAUGCCCAUGCCCAUGCCCGGCGGCGGGCGGUGAGCGGCCAUGCCGCGCAGGGCGGAGCGGUGCCUGCAGAUAGCCCCGCACUCCCUGGCCAUCGUCCUGGGCGCCGCGGCCGGGGGGCGGCCGGGGGGCGGCGGCGGCGGCGGCGCGGGGCCGGCGGCGGAGCUGGGCCGCCACCGCAUCGGCUACGAGAUCUUCGCGGACUUCAAGCGGGAGAACAUGCAGCACUUCUGGGACCGGCGGGCCACGGCGGCGGUGGCCGAGACCUUCUUCCUGGGCUGGAUCGACGAGCAGGUGCUGCUGGUGCAGGGCAAGGAGGAGCACCUGGAGGUGCUGCGGCAGGGCUGGGCGCGCCGCUCCCUCAAGCCCCCCAGCGGCUUCCACAUCAAGUGCCUGGCAUUAAAGCAGUGAACAGUCCACCUACAAACAAAAAGAAAAAGUCUCCAUACUUUCCAGCUUUUAAAAAAAAGUGGUGGGUAUCUUGGGCUGAGAGGAAAACCUGCCUGGCUGGGAGGUGAGGAGCAGUAAUAUUUUACUACUGUUAAUAAAUAACU